CUGUAAUGUCAGUAAGAAUGGAGUUAUAGUCAAUAUAUCCUCCCCAUACCCCCUGUCCCCCGUCCAUCCUAUCUCUCUCUCUCAGUCUCCUCAAAAGUGUUACUGUGGUUUGCCAUCUUCCCCACUCUUUCUUUUCUUUGUAAAGGAUAAGGAGAUAUGAUAUGAUGAUGAUGGAUGAGCUAUACGGGAUUCACUCCGUGCUUGCGCCCUCACCAUCUCCUUCCUAUGCACCCUCAUCCACCAACACUAAUAAUAUUUAUAAUAAUGAUAAUAAUAGUAAUGAUGUGUUUAGUGUUGGAAUUGAUGGUGAUGAUGAUGAUCAUCAUCGCCAUCAAAGUGGCAUGAUCAACGGCUGUGGUGACAGUACUCUACAAAGUCGUCAUCAUCAUCAUCAUCACCAUGGAGGGAUGAUGUCAUCAUCACCAGAUGUUGUUAAAGCACAGAUUGCUAAUCAUCCUCUUUAUCCCAACUUAGUUUCAGCUUAUUUUCAAUGCACAAAGGUUGCAGCACCACCAGAUAUUUCUACCCUACUUGAAGAGAUCAGCCAACACCCGCCCGCCGCCGCAACCACCACCGCAACAGCUGAUGAGAUUGCCGGAGAUCCGGAACUUGAUCAGUUCAUGGAAUCUUAUUGUGAAGCAAUGUACAAGUACAAAGAAGAGUUGUCAAAGCCCUUUGAUGAAGCCAAAGCUUUCUUGAGUAGCAUUGAAUCUCAGCUCAGCAGCCUCUGCAAAGAUUCCUCCUCACAAACCUCAUUCAACUCCUCAUUUCACUCUUGUGAUGAAGGUGGUGGUGGUGGGGAUACAUCAGAAGAGGAGGAGGAGUAUGCGAGCCACGGGGAAGUGGAAGUAGGAGACGACGGAGACGACGAACGGCAAUGGGCGCAGAUUAAAGAAAUGCUGAUGCGGAAAUACAGCGGAUACCUAAGCAAUCUAAGGAAGGAUUUCUUGAAGAAGAGGAAGAAAGGAAAGCUCCCAAAAGAUGCUCGUCUUGUCUUGCUCCAAUGGUGGGACUCCCACUAUAGGUGGCCUUACCCAACGGAAGAAGAGAAGAACAAGUUGUGUGAAAUGACAGGGUUGGACCAGAAGCAGAUAAACAACUGGUUCAUAAACCAAAGGAAGCGCCAUUGGAGGCCAUCACAAGACAUGCGGUUUGCACUUAUGGAAGGCCUAAGCAAUAUUAAUAAUACCAAUAAUAUUAAUACUAAUCUCGCAUCGACCAAGACCAAGAAAGAGGAUCCACAGGUGGUGCCUUGUGUUGAAAGUCUUCCUGACGAAAGAAGGUCGGGCGGUGUGUCCCGUGAAGUUAUAGCCACGGCGGUACAAGAUGAUUUGGCGGAUCAAAUGGCCGGUGUAGCCCAGCGAAGGAAAGAUCUGCGGUUCGAGCCUUGCGUUGAAAGUCUUCCCGACAGGAGGUCGGACGACGUGUCCCGCAAAGAGUGUGCGGCGGUGCGAGAUGGUUAGCAGAUAAAAGAAAAAACGGAUUACCGCUAGAGGGGAGGUCGCAAGUUGUGUGGUCCUUGGUUAAGGGUAGGUUUCUUGGGAU